AUGUCUCUACUCACCUUGCCGCUCGAGCUGCGACAGCAAAUCGCAGACAGUCUUGAGCCGACUAGUCUUCGAAGCUUCAGCUCGACGAGCAUCGCUUGCCACCAAGCAUCGCUUCCUGCCGUCUUUAGGCAGAUUUAUAUUACGGUCUCUAAUCCGGAAGGCUUGCUGCGCGAUGUAAAUGCGCUUCGCGAGGCUCUGUCCUAUGCCGAUUCCUUCUCCUACAUUCGACAAAUCACUAUCAAGGGGGCUUUGAGCCUUGCUGGCAAGGAGAAAACCGACGACCUUUUGCCCAACCAAAGGCCUUGGUCAGUUACUUAUAGCCCUUCUUUCAAUCCUCUUUUGGACGAGACCCCGAUCUUUUAUGGAAGCUCGUAUGUCGUCUGCGAUGAAAGUGUGAUCGAGGCGUCGUCCGACGAAGAUGUCGCAUGGGCUCCUUUAGUCAACCUGCUCGGAGCUAAGAUUUCGCUUGAAAAUCUCGUCUUUGACUGCCGGAGUCAAUUUCCGCCAAGUCUACUAAGAGUCCUCCACCAGGCACAACCUCAGUGCAGGCUACAUCACCUUACGUUCAAGUUUCGGACCUUACUUUUAGCUACUCCUAACGCUUACGAAAUGGAGCUUGCUACGUCACCGUGUCUCUAUCAGUUGAAGGCUUUUUGUACUCAGCGCGAUAGUAAUGGCGCCGAGGAUUUCAACCUUGAGGCUCUGAUGCAGCUGGUAACCGGUCUUGCCCCUAAUUUACGUAAGGUCGAAGUCCUAAACCUCUUUCCAUCUUCUUCUUCAAGGUGGAGUCGGCCUCGAAAAUCGUGGCAAGGCUUCCCUGGCUUUACUUCUCGGAAAACAGAAUUAUUGGAAUCUCUUUCGCUCAAAGGUAACAUGCAGUCAAUUUGGUUGAAUCUACCCCAAGUGCUGCAGGCCUGGGCCAGACAUGUAGACUUGGCUUCUUUGCAACAUCUCACCCUUGGUGGAGACUUGUAUAUGCUGCAGCCUGGAGUCAACGGCGACAGCAUGGAAUGGAUCGUACAGAAUCAGUCAUUUCCUCGCCUAAGAUCACUUUGUGCUCAACUUAGUCGCGAUGACUUACAGGUGGAAAGACCACGUUAUCGAGAGCAGGCAAUCUCCUUUAUACGAUCUUUCGAAUCUCUUCAGCAACUAUGCAUUGAUGGGUCAAUUGACUACCAAAUUACGAAUGCUGUUCUUACUUACCACGGACAGACACUAAGAAAACUCAGCCUGCAUCCCUUCGAGGAACAAUCCGCUUCAAACAGUCGUCGCAGUCAAGAUCUACCUUUCUACUUCACUAAAAAUUGUGUUGUACGGCUUCGAGCUCAGUGUCCGAUACUAGAGGAGCUUGUACUUCUGGUUAAGCGCAACAUGUCUAGACCGUCGGAGACCGAACUAUACAAAUGUUUCGGGGAGAUUGGACACCUACGAGUCCUUUCUUUGAUUUUGGAUUGCUCAAAUUGGCGAGUGACUCGAGAUCCAACGUAUAAGCCGGAGUUUAAUAAACAUGAUCGAGAGCCCUUACCGGGCCAGUCGCGGAUCAAAAGGGGUGACUUGAAAGAAGCCUUCAUCAAUUGCGCCGUAGACCAAGCACUGGCUUGCUCAAUCUGGACUACCAUCAGUCAGAACAAAACCGGCAGGCCGCUAGAGCGACUCAAGUUGUGGCCGACCGGGGCGGGUGAAUACGGCGAUCAAGAAAUAAAUGUCGCAGUCAAUGAAGUUGUUCGCAAUUUGUCUCGAUCAUGGUCAGUCGAGCGGACUGGGCGGAACGACAAGGAAGACUUCACGGUCACGGAGCUACAGAGAGAGAGACGAUUAGUUCUUGAGGAACGAUACGCCCUGUUGUUGCCUAGUCGGCAUAAUCACUGGAUUUGGGAAAUCUUCCAUUCCAUCUGGCCCUUACGAGAGGGUAGUAAGGACUUCCGAGAUAAUUGGUCAAGUUUUCCCCUUCAGUAG